AUGGCUUCCGAGAUCCCACCCUUGCGCAUCCAGAAGGGCGGUGGCAAUGGACCGAGCAUCUCGCCAUCCAAGCUGCCACGGGUAACACAUCGUCCUCUGUCCGAGCUGAGUCCUAUGGCAAUUCGCAGAAACUCUCCAAGUUUUCCUCAGUCAAAGGGUAAGCUGUUCGGUAGCGAGAACUCUCCAGUCGGUUCUUCGCCCUUUUCCACGAGUUCACCACGUCUGUUCUGGCAGGGCCGGGAUCCCAAUUCUCCUGCCAGAGAAAACACAGAGACUCCUCCUGCCUCCUCCCCAAAGAAGCGGUCGUCCAUUGAGAACCUUAAAAAGGCUUCCAGGGUCAAAAACAGCAGCAUGUUUGCCCUCGAACAAAGUAGUCACUAUGAUCCUUCGCGUCCGACGAUUCUUGACGGUCGCCCUCAGAGCGUGCAGCUUCCACGACACUCAUCGCCAGUCCGUAGUUCGGAUGGCGGGCGGAAAGAAAAUGUUGCGCCACUAGACAACACAUCGUCGGCUCAAUCACAAGAGAAGCACCAAGAGGAUGACUCCAAGGCCACAACAAACUCCGUUACACCCCUCUCACUAAGUCGAAUGAAUGGCUCGCCUGCCAAAUCAUCGCUCUCAAAGAAGACGGGAGCGGCGUUCAGAAGCAGUGGCUUCAACCCAGAGACUGGCAUUUGGGAAGACGAUGAAGAUUUCAGAGACAGACAAUUACCCGUUGGCCGUGGGCUGCAUCGUCAUCAAAAGAGCGUCACGUUUGACCAAGCCCCUCCACAAAUCAAUGAGUAUGAGAUGACCACCCCUGCUCCUUCUUCGAUCGCGUCUGGAUCUCGUGACGGUAGCUAUGACUCCACAGACGAUGAAGAAGACGAGGACGAGGAGGCAAGUUUUGAGAGAGGUUCGUCAAUGGACCAUGACGACAGCUUUGACGCAUCCCUGGAGGACACCGAGAAGACACCGGUCGUCCUGCCCGAGGACUGGCGCUUCAUGAACCCGGAGAGCGCCAACACCGAACUAUCUCGUCAUGAAGAGGACGUCUUUGAAGACGAUUGCGGCAGUCCUGCUCCAACCGCACAACCAAGCAUGCCAUCUUUCCGCCCUCAUCAAAGCAGCGCAAGCUCAGUCGAUUCAAACGGACAGUCUCGUCCUCUCCCACCACUUCCGCCCAUGAUUGCGUCACAAGCGAAGUCGAGGUCUGACAGUCUGUCUGGCGCCUUUGAGCGUAUGAGCGUUGCGUCGCGAUCUCUCCCAAAUCCCCCGUUAGCUGCUACCAUUUCAAAAGCAGACAUCCAAAAAAUCGGGACUGGCAGCUCCCUGUCAGCGGAGGAUAGAUUGAGAUUGAUGGCACUUCAAGAACAGGAAAGAGAACGCCGGAUGAGGCGAAUGGGUGCUAAAGACCUUGGUCCACUUCGAAGCAGCAGUGUUGAAGACUCCUUUGUCGAGAGUUGCGAUUCUUCACCACCAGUCCUGUCUGAGUCCAGAAACUCAACCCCACAGCUUUCUAGGGCGUCGAUCCUUGAAGGCCUGCGCGGUCGUGUUGAUACCGACAGUCGAGACAGCAGCGAAGAUAUUUCAGAUGCUUCUCGACAGCGGGAUCUCUCCACUCUCGACCCUGACGUUCCAAUACCCUCAUUGGAAGAUCCCACACAACCCCGUAUCAAGAUGGAGGAUGACGAAGAGCCUGAUCUGUACUCCAUACCGGAUAUGUACAGUCGACGUUCUGUCUCAGACUCAGACGUGAGCACAAACCACGAUGACGACCUCACCAGCCAGUAUUCGCAGCCAUCCCUUGCAUCUUUUGCUCCGCAAAUGACGGACGAAGGAGAAGACACCCCAAAAGCACAGAGUCCUGUUCGAGAAUUGAACUCAAAGCCAAUAUCCGAGCGUGUAUCUUUGCCAGAUUUUGCCGACUUUGGCAAGACGAGCAGUUUCGAUAUUGGCCUUGCCUCCUACUUGAGCAACAAGGACGAGACUAUGAGAUCAGCCAACGGUGGUUCGCCGCCCAGUGAACUCCCUGACCUCGCUGCCCUCCGUCAGUCAAUUCAACGCCCAUACACUCCUGAGGUCCAGGCGAAGCCAUUUCAAAGUCCAUCGACAUUCAUCCCGGAGCAAGCUACGCCGCCCACACCUGAUUCUGUGGUCAGACAUCCUGUUUCAGGUGCGAGUCUUCCUAGUAAUGUCGACUGUGACGCAAAAGAGGAUGUGCUGGCAGCGCAAGUGAAAAGUGACCGCUCAAUUAGUCCCUCCGACACCGGGUCGGUUUUGAUUCACGAGAAGGAACCCUCGCCCGUCUCUCCAAUCUCCGCCGAGUUCGAUGUGAGCGCGGAGGUAGCGAAGGAUAAUUCCACUGACGCAGAAGCGAGUGAUGAGAAAAGACCCGAGAUCGACAGCAAAGCAGGAGAAAAGAAGCGAGUUAGCAGCUUGGUACCCUUGGAUAUUCCACAUACUGGCUUGGACGAUGGCCUUGGAUUGGGCCUCGAGAAGGAAUUUGACCGUGUCGUGGAAGCCCAGAAGGUAGAGUUUGAACUCUCAUUGCAACGUCUUUAUUACCCUUUCAACGGACGAUUUCCCUCCAGUCAGCUCCCCGAGGUGAAGGAGUGGACAGGAGGCAAUCUCAUGAAAAACGUCCCAGCUCUCCCCAAACCUCGUGGAGUCCGUCCCUUGCCAGGAGCACAUCUUGCUAUUUCUCCAGAUAAGUCUACUGAUGAAGAGUCAUUUGCUAAUCGAGCUGCCCGCCGACAGAGAGGCUACCUGAUGCGACAGAACACCAAAAUUGUCGUCGCAAGUGAACAUGGAUCUCAAGAUGAAUGCAGAUCCCCCGAGCUUCCGACGUCAACUGAGCAUGGUCUGCUCGGUGUUCCAACGGAGGCCAACCAAGUUCAUACCUCACCCCGCAAGACAAGUCAGCCCACUUGGACUGCUGAACCAUGGAAUGGUAAGAUCAGGCGGAAGAGCAUUCGAGUAGGUGGAGAGAAAGCCGUCAGUAAACGGAAGCCAGUCGAGGGUCCUGUACCGCCCCUACCGGGACAAGCAAGCAACGCUCAAGAGGGCCUUGAUGCUGUUGCUGAAGACGAGAUUGGAGAAGAAGAGGAGUGGGAGGAUGGUGCUGAACGUGGCCGACUUUUUGUCAAGGUGGUCGGUGUAAAGGACUUGCAGAUGCCAUUUCCCCAACAUGAACGCACUUACUUCGCUCUGACGCUGGACAACGGAAUGCACUGCGUCACGACCGCUUGGCUCGACUUUGCUCGAAGCGCACCCAUUGGCCAGGAAUUUGAGCUGAUUGUUCUCAAUGAGCUUGAAUUUCAACUCACUUUGCAGAUGAAAUUGGAAGAACCAAAAGUUGAGCGACCACAAUCUCCUUCAAAGCCGCCUGCAUCGCCUAAGAAGCAAGGAGCUUUCGGUAGGUUGUUCGGUUCACCCAAGAAGAAGAAAGAGUCGGAAGUCAGGGCCCAGCAAGAAGCUCAGGUCGUCAGAAGACCAGUGACACCACCUUCAGCAUACGAGCUGGUUCAAGGUCUCGUCGCAAAGGACGGUUCCUUUGCUCGAGCCUACGUUUCGCUGAGCGAGCACGAAAAGCAAGCAUAUGGCAGGCCGUAUACGGUCGACAUCACCUGCUUCAAUGAGUGGGCAAUGGAAGAGGUUAGCGUGGGUAGCUCGAGAAGCAAGAAGAGCGUGACUCAACUUCAGCGUCGUCCACCAUAUGAGAUUGGCAAAUUGGAACUGCAAUUGUUGUAUGUGCCGAAACCGAGAGGAGCAAAGGACGAUGAUAUGCCAAAGAGUAUGAAUGGUGCGGUGCGCGCACUACGAGAAGCUGAAGAACGUGUGGUGCAACAAGCAAAUAUCAAGGAAUUUGAGGGCUAUCUGAGCCAGCAGGGAGGAGAUUGCCCGUACUGGCGACGACGAUUUUUCAAGCUCGCCGGAACCAAGCUAACGGCCUUUCACGAAACAACUCUUCAACCGCGAGCAACCAUCAACCUUGCGAAAGCCACGCGUCUCAUCGACGACAAGACCGCCCUCAUGCAGAAGGAGACUUCGACAAAGGGUGGAGGGCGCCGAAAGAGUGGAUUUGCCGAAGAGGAAGAAGGCUACAUGUUUGUGGAAGAGGGUUUCCGGAUCCGUUUCGCCAAUGGAGAAGUUAUCGACUUCUAUGCCGAUUCGACCACAGAGAAAGAUCAGUGGAUGCAAGCGCUCUCGCAGGUCGUGGGCAAAGGCGUGCAGAGCGGCUUGGCCCCGAUCAAAGGCUGGACGGAAAUGGUCCUCAGACGGGAGAAGAAGAUGAAGACCGCGGGCGCAGUACAACGUCCCAAAGUCGGUCACCAGCGAACGGAGACUUACCACGCUGGCAGUCAGGCAAACAGUCCCGUAAAGCCGACGGUCGGGCGCGAAGAGAGGCAUCGAAAGACGAAGAGUAUGUAUGCGUGA